AUGGCCUCCCAAGCAGCACCGCCUGAUGGCGAUUUCAAAAAGCCAAACAACACUGAGAGCGUUGUUUUCUCUCCCUCUGCAUCAUCUCAUGGUGGUCCCGAGAGUCGAUAUGGGGGCGAUGUCCGACCGGCCGACUACGACAACGAAACGGUGGAGAAGGUCUAUCGGUACUGGGCUUUGCCUCAUCCUCACUCUUAUAGGAAUAGUUGCCGGCUAACUCUUGCUCUCUGCCAAGGAAAAUCGAUCUCAGAAUUAUCCCUCGUCACCUUCUGGAUUCUAUACUUUCUUUGCUCGGCAAUUCGCUCCAACAUUGGCAUUGCCCAGACAAUGAACAGGGACAAAGGCCAUGACUUGGAGACCGUCCUCGGGCUCACCCCCAAAGACGUAUCAACAGCACUUGCGCUAUUCUAUGUCUCCUACGUCAUCUUUGACUUCCCAUCAAAUCUCAUAAUGAGCAAGCUCAGCCCCCGAGUCUGGAUGGCUAGAAUCGUCUUCGCCACUGGGGUUGUUGGCUCAUGCUUCGCGGCUGUGCAGUCACCCUGGAGCCUCAAACUGCUACGUUUCCUUUUGGGCUUGGUUAUUGCUGGCAUGUGGCCGGGCAUGGCGUUUUAUCUGACCCUCUUUUACCCUCCAUCUCGCACAGCCAAGCGAAUUGGCAUGUACUUCACUGCCUCUCAGGUGUCCGCGGCUGUGGUCGGCCUCGUCUCGGCGGGAUUCCAGCUCAUGGACGGCGAUGGAGGCCUGGUUGGCUUUAGGUGGAUGUUUCUCAUCUACGGGCUUGUUGCCGUUGUCUUGAGCUUUACGCUGCUAUGGUGGCUCCCUGACAGACCCCUGGCGCCAGGCGAGGAGAGGAAGCGUACUGGUUUGUUCAAGUGGCUUCCGGCUACCCCUGAAGUUCUCAAAGGUGAAGAUGCUUUGGUUCAUUACUCUGAGCUCAGGCGUGUGUACCAUGCUCGCCCAUGGGGCGUCAAGGACCUCUGCCUUGUGCUGCUUGACUGGCGACUAUGGCCUCUAUGCCUGAUGUAUUUCGGAGUAGUCGGAGUCGGAAUCGGCACUCAGCUCUAUGGAUCGGUCAUCAUUGCUGCAAUCCAGCCACAGGCGAGCGAUAUUGUCGUUAGCUUACUCUUUGCUCCUAUCUGGAUUAUGGACUUGAUCGCCAUUCUCCUAGUCACGCCUGUUUCCGACCGCUUUCAUCACCUGAGGCCAUUCUUCUUCUCAGCAGCCGUCUGCAUCCAAAUCGCAGGCUUACUGACAACCACUUUUGCUGUUCAAAACGGGUGGGCUCGUUAUGGAGGUCUUCUGAUGGUGGGCUUUGGUCUUGGACCAACCGUCCCAAUUUGCAUGACGUGGACUUCCGAAAUCUUCCAACGCCGACAUGGCGAAGUUGGUGUGGCAGCCGCAACAGCUCUUGUAUCCGGCCUGGGAAAUCUAGGCAGUGUUACUACUACAUACGCUCUGUACACAGGGUGGCCUGAGGAUGCCAAACCAGGCCCCCAUCAAUUCCGCAAGAGCAAUCUUACAAUGAUUGGAAUCCUGGGCGUUAGCAUUCUUAGCUCCUUGGUCAUGCUGGCCCUGUUAAAGGUCAUAGGAAACCCUCCUAGCUCAAGGCUUGACGACACUGGCUCUCCUAAUACGCUUGAGGAUGGCGCAGCAAGACGGGAAGCUGCGCACCGCGGCUUCGGGAGGCUUUCCCGGCGAGCCCAAGAGGUUUAGAUCGCUGCCUGUGAGGCGCAUCACUCAAGGCAGCAACACCAGCCGGGAUCUGGCCUUCAACAACAACUUGGCACUGACGACGUUUUCACCUGCCCAAAAUUACCAUUCAUACAUGGGUAGUUCAACCUACCAUUUUACCUUUCCCUUUAUUCAAGGGCCUUCUCCACUUAUACCGGCAUCCUUGAUAUACACUCUUUUAUUCUUCAGUCGUCUAUACGACCCCUCUUUACGGUCACACUCACCUUUUCACUUGAGGCAGCCACCGAUGGGUUACAGCCUUUUCUGUCAAGGUGGCAACACCAUCACAUUACUUUCAGAGGGCAAAGCUGUAUGAACUUGGAAAGAAUCUGGUUGUGACAAUGCUCUCGCGCUAUCAUACCAGGCUAUUUUCAAGGGAUCUCACAGCAUAUACCUCGGCACCCAUAGUAUUCACAAGUGUCGUCCCCUCUUGCGAAGAGCUGGGGUAU